AUGGCAACGAGAAGAAGAGGCGUGCGCGGACCACCAACUACAGCAGCGUCCCCUCAGGUGUUCGGCAUCCGCAUAACUGGCUUACCGCUGGCUUUGAUCGCCAGCAAAUUGAAUGAGCUCCAAGUCACAUCACAUUCGGCUCCAGGAUUCCUAUCAUGGGACGUCGAGACGUCACAUGUCGACCUCGAAAAGGAACUACAAGCCCUGACGAGCCAAGCUCCGGAAGGAGAAGAGGCCCGCAACGGAGAGAGACUGAUCCAGUACGCGACGGAGAACCUGGUAACUGAAGUACUGAUCCACCCACAAGUGAACACACUGCUGCAGUGCGUUCGCAACCUACUAUCGAGCUUCACCAGGCACCGACACCUCAUACACGCCGGCUACACUUUCGCCGGAACAGGAUCCUGGGUCCUGCAGGAUGGCACUUUUUCGCUGGCGGACUUCACGGACGCCUUCCAAGAGACCGAAGUGCAGCGAGUUCUGCGCGCCUACGAACACAGCAUCACGAUCGACGUACACUGCGCUCCAGAAGGAGACUGGACUUCCGAACGAAUGUCGCGAGAGCCCUUCAGCCGAUACUGCAAGGUGCGAAUCAAUCCUGACGACCGAAUGACGGCCGGCGGCGCCGCCAUCGGCAACUUCAUCAACUACCUGUCGGCGUUCGUGCGCGCCGCGCCGCUAGAGGCGCUACUGGAGCCCAGCGACGUGGUGGGCAAUAUCCGGUUCAGCCACCCCACUCUCUACGUGUUCCCCGGCGGACAGGGGGACGCGGCACUCUUCGGCAUCAACGGUUUCAACAUGCUGGUGGACGGUGGGUUCGCGCGCAAGGCGUGCUUCUGGGACUUCGUGCGCCACCUGGACCGCUUGGACGCAGUGCUGGUGACGCGACUCAACAACGGCAACGUAAACGGCAUGUCGGCCGUGCUGCGGCGUAAGCAGGGCGGCCACGUGUACCCACAGAUCGGACACUUCUUCUGCAACCUGCAGGAGCGGAAACACGCAGCGUCUCCGGACGGCGACAAGGACCGCGACCCGCUGUUGAUCGACCUGACGCUGGAGGCGCACGAGAUGGUGGUCAACCUGCACCACCUGGCGCUCAAGCCGCACGCCUGCUACAGCUCGUCCGACCCCAUCAAUCUGUACCACAAGGUGGGCCACGGCAAGCUCGACAUGUACGUGCUGAGCCCGGCUCGCGACAGCCGAGACCUCAAAGAGUUCCUCGCGCGGUGGAACGCCACCGACACGUCCAAGAUCUUCUCCAGCGGAGGCAGGAAAAGCUCUGGCAGUGAGUUCGCUUUCCCACUGCAAAAUCUAGUUUCUAUAUGCGCGCUGCUCGUGUGGCAGCCGGCGAACCCGAACGAUACGAUUACACGUAUUCUGUUCCCUGGAUCUGCACCGCAGCACAAGAUCUUCGAGGGCGUAGAGAAGCUCCGACACCUUCAGUUCCUUCGUUACCCGGUCUGCUCUGCAAAGUCUCUCUCACCGUCCACAUCAGCAGUUACUAUCAGCAGCCGCAAGCAGCAGUUACGGUCAGCUGCUCCUGCGGUCAUUGAUAAGCUGCUGCCAGGAGAAGUUGCCAAGCAGCAGGCCUCACCACCAUCAAAGCCCGUGGAUAAGGCCGCUCCCAAAAGUGCGACAAUCCCCGUCACGGGUGUGGAGAAACCCGUGCAGCCUAGCAAGACUGUUCCCCCAAGCGCCGCACCACCCCCAGCUGCCCCCAUAGCUGCACCUCCUCAGAAAAAGUUAGUGCAAAAGUAG